CCCUCAUUUGAGAAAUGGAAAGUGAGUACACCAGAUAGAAAAUAUGAACAGCAAGCAGUAUUAGACAAAGAUACUAACAGCCUAAAUGUUACUGUAAAGUUGAUAAUUUGACUGAUACAAACUUUCAUUUAUUUUAUUUCGGAGUAUUAUUUAGAAAAAAAUGAUGAUGGGCAUUUGUUUCUAAUUUACAGAUUGUCCCAGAACUCCAGAUACACCUAAUAGUGAUCCUCGCUUUCCUACUAACAACAGAUUAAUUGCCUUAAAGAAACAGUUAAAUAUAGAAUUGAAAGUAAAGCAAGGAGCAGAAAAUAUGAUUCAAAUGUAUUCUAAUGGUCCAUCAAAGGAUAGAAAGCUGCUUGCAACAGCUCAACAGAUGCUUCAGGACAGCAAGACAAAAAUUGAAGUUAUAAGGAUGCAGAUUCUUCAAGCAGUGCAGACUAAUGAAUUGGCUUUUGAUAAUGCAAAGCCCGUGAUAAGCCCUCUUGAGCUUCGAAUGGAAGAAUUGCGACAUCAUUUUAGGAUAGAAUAUGCAGUAGCAGAAGGAGCCAAAAAUGUUAUGAAGUUGUUCGGCUCUGGAAAAGUUACUGAUAGAAAAGCGCUUUCAGAGGCUCAAGCAAGAUUUAAUGAAUCAAGCCAGAAGCUGGAUCUCUUGAAGUAUUCAUUAGAACAAAGGCUAAAUGAACUCCCUAAAAAUCACCCCAAAAGCAGUAUUAUUAUAGAAGAACUUUCACUUGUUUCAUCACCAACACUAAGUCCACGGCAAAGUAUGAUAUCAACACAAAAUCAGUAUAGUACACUGUCCAAACCAGCAGCAUUAACAGGUACUCUGGAAGUUAGGCUUAUGGGUUGUCAAGAUAUCCUGGAAAAUGUCCCUGGUAGAUCAAAAGCAACAUCCUUCACUCUACCUGGAUGGAGUCCAAGUGAAGCCAGAUCAUCUUUCAUGAGUCGAACGAGUAAAAGCAAAAGUGGCAGUUGCCGAAACCUUCUGAAAACAGAUGAUUUAUCCAAUGAAAUCUGUGCUGUUUUGAAAUUGGAUAACACUGUUGUUGAUCAAACUAGCUGGAAGCCUAUUUCCAAUCAGUCCUGGGACCAGAAAUUUACACUGGAACUAGACAGAUCACGUGAGUUAGAGAUUUCUGUUUAUUGGCGUGAUUGGAGAUCUUUGUGUGCUGUGAAAUUUCUGAGGUUAGAAGACUUCUUGGAUAAUCAACGACAUGGAAUGUGUCUCUAUCUUGAACCUCAGGGUACUUUGUUUGCAGAGGUUACAUUUUUUAAUCCUGUUAUUGAAAGAAGACCAAAACUUCAGAGACAAAAGAAAAUUUUCUCCAAGCAACAAGGCAAAACAUUUCUCAGAGCUCCGCAAAUGAAUAUUAAUAUUGCCACUUGGGGAAGGUUGGUGAGAAGAGCUAUUCCAACAGUAAAUCAUACUGGGACCUUCAGCCCUCAAGCCUCUGUGCCUGCUACAGUAUCAGUAGGUGAUGCUCACAUUUCUGGAUUAGGCUCACCAACUAGUGAUUCCCCUGUAGGUAAAUUGGUGUUUGAACUUGACUCUGAACCGGUCUGUCCUCCACGUCUAUCUUCUCUUGGAGAAAUCAGUGAACCUUCACCUGAACCAAAGUCUCCACCUAUCCCCACUCAGGAUGUGGAAACAUUUGAUUUUGAGAAUGACAAAAAUAAUUUUGUUCCAAAAUUUCAACCAGAAAUUAUUUGUGAGACUCAGAUUUCAAAUUCUGACACUGAGUAUAAACAAGUACCUGAAGAUAGAAGAAUACAACAGAGAUUUCAGUUUAGUUUACAAGAUUUCCGAUGUUGUGCUGUUCUUGGUAGAGGACAUUUUGGAAAGGUCCUAUUGGCUGAGUAUAAAAAUACUAAUGAAAUGUUUGCUAUUAAAGCCUUAAAAAAAGGAGACAUUGUUGCUCGAGAUGAAGUGGACAGGUUAGUAUAA